CUCCUCCUCCUAUCUGUUGUUGUUAAAUAGAAGCAGCAGAGCUCGCGGGUCAUUAAAGCAGAUACUGAGGUUUUAUGGUAUAUUUAGUGAUCCUGUACACUAAAACAGUUUUAUUUAAGCUGUAUUAUUUAUCUUAAAGCUGUCAGAAAGCUGUUUUCCAGACAGUAAGUACCAAGGCACGCCCUGAUGCUCUGAAAACAGACAGAUGAUGGACUGCUGCUCUAUGCUGGGCUGGAAGGGGGAUUCUCCUGAAGAUGGAACUGACACUACUCUCAGACUGAUCACUGCUAUCUCUGAUCUUUACCAGGAUCAAACUGAUGAGUUCAGCCUCUCCAAGAACACAGCAGAAAGUCUUUCCUUGCUGGUGAAGAGGGCUGAGAGGCUGCUGAAGAGCCGGGCAGAGACCGGAGACACACAGGCCAGCUUCCUAAUUGGACAGCUCUACUAUGAGGAGGGUCACUAUACAGAGGCUGAGGCCAUAUUUGAUGGCAUUAAGGACAAAGAACCUUGUGCUCUUUACCAGCUGGCUGUGAUGUACUAUGAUGGGCUUGGUACCUCAGUAAACCAGGUUAAAGCAGUGGACUACAUGAGAAGAGUAGCAGCGUGGGACUCAAGCCCCAUCAAAUACUCAGCCUUAUAUAACCUGGGCCGGGCCUACCUGCAGGGUUACGGAGUUCAGGCCUCCAGCUCAGAGGCAGAGAGGUAUUUCCUCUUGGCAGCUGAUGGUGGAAACCCUAAUGCCAGUGUCAAAGCACAGUCCUAUCUCGGCCUAUUCUAUUCCAGUCCUGAGACCCAGGAUCUCCAAAAGGCGUAUUUCUGGCACUCUGAGGCGUGUGGUAAUGGCAGUCUAGAGUCACAGGGGGCACUGGGGAUUAUGUACCUGCAUGGAUACGGUGUGCCUAAAGACCUGCAGGCUGCUCUGUGUUGCCUGAAGGAAGCUGCAGAGAGGGGUAAUGUCUACGCCCAGAGCCACCUCACAGCCCAUUAUUACCACCAGAAACUCUACACCAAAGCAGCAGCUCUGGCUCAGAGGAUCUGCCAAUAUGAAGACAUCAGCGCUAUAGCAAAGUCUACAGGUUGCCUCCCUGAGUACAUCAGUAAAGGCAUCGCUAUUGCCCUCUUUUAUUAUGCACGCUGUCUGCAGCUGGGGCGGGGAGUCCCUCCGGACAUGGAGACAGCUCAGCAGUAUUACGCCAAGGCAGCCCUGAUGAACCCAGAAGUGUGUAAGGACCUCCAGAUGGACAUUGCACAUGGCAGGAUAUAAUGGAAGUCUCUAUUAAAGCGAAAAAGCUUUAGAAUGGUCACUGAGUUCAAGAAAGUCAAAUGAGAUGAGAUUUCAAUAAACUAGAUUUAUCCCAUUUUCUCCCCAAUUUUACAAGGCCAAUUGUCUAGUAAUUCCCCAACACAAGGCAAAGGGCAAAGACUAGCACAUGCCUCCUUCGAUACAUUUUAAGUCAGCCACCGCCUUUUUUCGAGCUGCUGCUGUUGCAGCAUUGCUGAGUAGCAUCACAGUGCUCUCAGAGGAAAGCUCAGCAACUCAUCUCCAAUACAUAUUAGACCUUGUGCUGAUAAACAUUAACCGUAGGAGUGAUGUGGGGAAAGAGCGCCAUCUACCCACCCAGAGAGAGCAAGGCCAAUUGUGCUCUCUCAGGGCCCCGGCAAGCUACAUAAGCAGGAUUCAAACCAGCAAUCUCCUGAUCAUAAUGGCAGCAACUUUAGUCCGAUGGACCACUCGGAGCCUGCUACUGCCUUUUUAAAGAGCUUAGAUACAUAUGGUCUAAUAGUUAAGUUAAUAGCCCAGUAGAUUAUUUUUUUUAGAAACCAGUAGUGUAACCAAAAAAGUCUCUGCUUGACCAAAAACUCCAGCAGCACUGCUGCAUCUCAUCUGCUUGUGCCACCAGAACAACACACACUAACACCUCAUACACCUCCACCAUGCCAGUGUCUAUGCAGUGCUGAGAAUGAUCCACUAUCCCAAAUAAUACAAUACCUGCUCUGUGGGGGGAGGGGUCCUGGCCGUUGAAGAACAUGGUGAAAGAAGGGAAAUUAAUAAAAGUAUGCGAAGAAACAUA